AUGUCCAAUCAACAAUGCAUGAUUGUAAGACCUCCUGCUCCUCCACCACCAUCGUGUGAGGAAAGCGCUCAUUAUCCGGUCUUUAACCCUCUUGAUCCUCGACAUAAUCCUGCCGUUGUUACAUCUUCAUGGAAUAGGGGUGGCUAUUAUACCUCUCAGAAUACCAACCUCGAAAGCCCGGUAAGCUGGGUACAGAGUCUGUCCAAACGGUCUCUUCGGAGAGCACGCUCAGGACUUAUAGCUCUGAGAAUGGGAAUGCAGAGGCGGGUCUCUAUCUUCGGUACAAAUCGCACCGCUAAUAUACCUCGAGCUUGGCCUUCAUCUGAUGCCACAGAGGGUUCCUCGGACCAGCAGGAUGACGCCUCCUUCCCAUCAACAAUUUCUGAAGCCAGCACAGAGGAAGACUCUGAUUUUGGAACUCAUCUGCAUCGAACAGAGUGCAACGACGCUUCUUCGCUGAGUUGUAAUGUGGAUAAAUGCUUGGACAACUGGCCAUUCUCUGUCACGAUUACUGAUCUCAAUCCCUUCCAGGAACUGACUGAAGGAUAUUGGCCGCCUGGCCUCUUUCUCACCGAGGCGGCACAUAGUAUCUUUCCGAGGGACUCGACUGAGGGAAAUAAUGGGUUAGGAUUGCAGAUUUCGAGGGAACUGACUACUGGGGACUAUAUCCAAUUGGACGACCUUUUCAUGAACGAGUCAGAUUCUGAAUCAGGGGACUCUCUUCCCAGGCUCAGCCGUUCAUCCAAGAGCCUCCCUGAACCUGGCUGUUCUCAAAUAACAGGUGCCGAGGCCGAGGCCGAGCCCUCGCAUUUAACCAUCUUGACACCAUUGUCCAACAACAUACUGGCACCAGCAUUCCUUCGAGACCCAAAUAUCAAUGGGAACACCUCUCAGAUCAUGUCCCCUUUACCUUCCCCCAGCUUGCCUAGAACCCCAACACCAGAUGGACAGCCAUCUGGCCGAUUCUAUGCGUCCAGGGCUCCUCAGGUGUCUAACGCUGCGUUGGUAGUGGAGUCCCGUGGACUGAUCGAUCGAGUCAGCGGCUACAGCGAUAAUAGUAUGAGUAGGAUGGAAGGCGAGGUUGAAGAUCAAGUCCUAGGACCAGCCAUUUACCACGAGUCUUCCCCAGACCUACAAGCAGAGCCUAGCCACUCAGAUUGUCAAUCAACCACAGAAGACGCCCAGACACAAGAUAUCCCCGAAUCCGGGACAAAUGACAACCUAUCAAGCGACCCGGUUUGCGCAGCGCCAACUUCAAGCUUGGGUCUCGCAGAUGCGACAUCUGAAAUGCACACCGAUGAUGAUCAUCAUUCUCCGCCGCAUCCAUCAGGCGACUCAGGUGGGUUGGGGUGUAGCGACUUUACAGGGGAACAAACACCAUGGUCAGCCCGCCCCAGCGAAGAGGUUACGGUAACGGACUUCACAUCUGUGUCGAAUAAUCUAUGGACGCCUAUCGAAAAUGGUGAUCUUGCAUCAUUGCUAUCCUUCACAGACGAAUACUUUUUCGUUGAUGGCAAAACCAGUGGUCACCCCGAUAGGGGAGAUAAUCCUACAAAGACAGAACGGAGCAUCAUCAGCGAUGGAAGCUUGUAUAAUGAACUAGGUCACGAUCGUAGCCCAUCAGCGGGAACGCUAGAUGUUCCAGAGAUAAUUGGACCCGGGAGACCUAUCCAUAUUCAACCCCCUCGGCCAUAUCGAGUAGAGCGAGAUGCUAGUGACGACUCCGUCGAUGAAUAUCUUCUCACGUAUCCAAUGUAUCAACGACGCUAUUUCCCUUGA